AUGCACACAGGUAUGUGGGUCGAAGGAAAAAGAACAGGUCACGGUGUCUACAUUAAUGUUAAUGGUGAUCGAUACGAAGGACAAUUCAAAGACAGCAAGAAGCACGGAAAAGGGAAAAUAGAAUUUGCUAGUGGUGAUAAAUACUCAGGUGAUUGGAUCGACGACAAAAUAACAGGUCAAGGUGACUACAUUUAUACUAAUGGUGAUCGAUACAAAGGACAAUUCAAAGAUAACAACUUCCAUGGAAAAGGUAAAAUAGAUUUUGCUAGUGGUGAUAAAUACACAGGCGAUUAUAUCGACGACAAUAGAGCAGGUCAAGGUGUUUACAUUUAUGCUAAUGGUGAUCGAUAUGAGGGACAAUUCAAAGACAACAAGAUGCAUGGAAAAGGUAAAAUGAUAUGGGGAUCAGCAACUCAAUGGGCAGGCGACAUGUACGAGGGUGAUUGGAUUGAUGACAGCAAGACAGGUCGAGGUGUCUACAUUUAUGCUAAUGGUGGUCGAUACGAGGGACAAUUUAAAGACAACAACAUGCAUGGAACAGGUAAAAUAGAUUAUAUUAAUGGUGAUAAAUACUCAGGUGAUUGGAUCGUCGGCAAGAAAAUAGGUCAAGGUAUCUUCACUAAUGCUAAUGAUGAUCGAUAUGAAGGACAAUUCAAAGACGACAAGCGGCAUGGAAAAGGUAAAAUAGAUUUUGCUAGUGGUGAUAAAUACACAGGUGAUUGGAUCGACCACAAAAUAACAGGACACGGUGUCUACAUUUAUGCUACUGGUGAUCGAUACGAAGGACAAUUCAAAGACAACAACAUGCAUGGAAAAGGUAAAAUAGAUUAUGUUAAUGGUAAUAAAUACACAGGUGAUUGGAUCGACGACAACAUAACAGGUCAAGGUGUCUACAUUUAUGCUAAUGGUGAUCGAUAUGAAGGACAAUUCAAAAACAACAACAUGCAUGGCACAGGUAAAAUAGACUUUGCUAGUGGUGGUAAAUACUCAGGUGAUUGGAUAGACGAGAACAUGGCAGGUCAAGGUGUCUACAUUUAUACUAAUGGUGAUCGAUACGAAGGACAAUUCCAAAACAGCAAGAAGCAUGGGAAAGGUAAAAUGGAUUAUGCUACCGGUGACAGAUACUCAGGAGACUGGAUCAACGGCAAGAAAACAGGUCAAGGUAUCUUCAGUUUUGCUAAUCGUGAUCGAUACGAAGGACAAUUCAAAGACGACAAGCGGCAUGGGAAAGGUAAAAUAGAUUAUGCUAACGGUGACAGAUACUCAGGUGACUGGAUCGUCGCCAAGAAAACAGGACAAGGUGUCUAUAUCUAUGCCAAUGGUAAUCAAUACGAAGGACAAUUCAAAGACAACAACUUCCAUGGAACAGGUGAAAUAGAUUUCGCUAAUGGUGGUAAAUACUCAGGUGGUUGGAUCGACAACAAUAUAACAGGACAAGGUGUCUAUAUUUAUGCUAACGGUGAUCGAUACGAAGGACAAUUCAAAGACAACAACUUCCAUGGAACAGGUAAAAUAGAUUAUGUUAAUGGUGACAAAUACUCAGGUGAUUGGGUCGUCGGCAAAAAAACAGGUCAAGGUAUCUUCAUUUAUGCUAAUGGUAAUCGAUACGAGGGACAAUUCAAAGACAACAACAUGCAUGGAACAGGUAAAAUAGAUUAUGUUAAUGGCAAUAAAUACUCAGGUGAUUGGAUCAACGGCAAGCAAGCAGGACAAGGUAUCUUCAUUUAUGUUAAUGGUGAUCGAUACGAAGGACAAUUCAAAAACAACAACAUGCAUGGAACAGGUAAAAUAGAUUAUCUUAGUGGUGAUAAAUGCACUGGUGACUGGAUCAACGGGAAGAAAACAGGUCAAGGUGUCUUCAUUUAUGUUAAUGGUGAUCGAUAUGAAGGACAAUUUAAAGACGACAAGCGGCAUGGGAAAGGUAAAAUAGAUUUUGGUACUGGUGAUAAAUACACAGGUGAUUGGAUGGACGACAAAAUAACAGGACAAGGUGUCGGUAUUUAUGCUAAUGGUGAUCGAUACGAAGGACAGUUCAAAGACAACAUCUUCCAUGGAAAAGGUAAAAUAGGUUAUGCUAAUGGUGAUAAAUACUUAGGUGAUUGGAUCGUCGGCAACAAAACAGGUCAAGGGGUCUUCAUUGAUGCGAACGGUGAUCGAUACGAAGGACAAUUUAAAGACAACAACUUUCAUGGAACAGGUAAAAUAGAUUUUACUAGUCGUAGUAAAUACUCGGGUGAUUGGGUCGUCGGCAACAAAACAGGUCAAGGUGUCUUCAUUUAUGCUAAUGGUGAUCGGUACGAGGGACAAUUCAAGGAUAACAACAUGCAUGGAAAAGGUAAAAUGAUCUGGGGGCGGAAAACUCAAUGUGCAGGCGACAUGUACGAGGGUGAUUGGAUUGAAGACAGUAAAACAGGUCAAGGUGUCUACAUUUAUGCUAAUGGUGAUCGAUAUGAAGGACAAUUCAAAGACAACAACAUGCAUGGAAAAGGUAAAAUAGAUUAUGUUAAUAGUGAUAAAUACACUGGUGAUUGGAUCGUCGGCAAGAAAACAGGUGAAGGUGCCUUCAUUUAUGCUAAUGGUGAUCGAUACGAAGGACAAUUCAGAGACAACAACUUCCAUGGAAAAGGUAAAAUAGAUUUUGCUAAUGGCAAUAAAUACUCAGGUGAUUGGAUCAACGGGAAGAAAACAGGUCAAGGUGUCUUCGUUGGUGCGAAUGGUGAUCGCUAUGACGGACAGUUCAAAGACAACAACUUCCAUGGAGCAGGUAAAAUAGAUUUUGCUAGUCGUAGUAAAUACUCAGGUGAUUGGAUGGUCGGCAUGAAAACAGGUCAAGGUGUCUUCAUUUAUGCUAAUGGUGAUCGGUACGAAGGGCAAUUCAAGGAUAACAACUUCCAUGGAAAAGGUAAAAUAGAUUAUGUUAAUGGUAAUCAAUACUCAGGUGAUUGGGUCGAUGACAAUAGAGCAGGUCAAGGUGUUUUCAUUUAUGCUAAUGGUGAUCGAUACGAAGGACAGUUCAAAGACAACAACAUGUAUGAAAAAGGUAGAAUGGUAUAUGCCAAUGGUGUGGUGAACGAGAUAGUUUGGCCCAGUGGUAGCUUUAACGGCUAG